GAAGAAGAACUAAAACAUCACAAAACACAGUCUUCAUUUGAGAGGUUUGCUCUUGAAAAAAUUAUGAAAAGGCUUCGACAAGACAAUGAUAAUAUAAGUCACGAAAGAGAAAAUGAAAGAAAACAGUAUAUGGCCGAAAAAGAGGAAAACGAAAAUACACUGAAAAGCACAUUGGCCUCAAGCAGAGAUAACAAUCUGAAUAUCACUGAUCUAAGUGAUCCAAACAGACCCACAAGAAUAGCUGAGAAAAUGGCCGAGUUGUACGACAACCAGUGGACAGAUGCAUUUGAUGCUUUGGAGCAAACAGAUAAAAAUGAGAAGGAAAUCAUAAACAUGCUUUUGGAAUCAUUGAUGACAGCGUAUGGUGAAUGUUUUAAUCUAGCGAACGAAAACUUUUUUGAAAAGGUCCAAAGGGUUAUAGAAUGUCCGAAACUAGUUGAUAAACAAUUGCCCACUCGAGUCGUCAUAUCAGACCAGUUAAAAAAAGAAAUAAAGGAAUUUCGAAAAAAUCAGGCAACAAAAGUUUGGAAGGAAAUUGAGGGGAUUGUUUUGCCAAAAAUUCAACUUUCUAGUUACCAUCAACAAGAUAUCGAUUCCUAUCUCUCGCUUUGUGUUGAGAUAAGUUGGCUAAUGGUUGUCCAGGAUCCACCUUUAGUUCUAAAUGAUAAAGCACAAGACAGAUUUGACACGAAUACAUUCAAAGACUACACAAAACGUGGUCCGAUUGUGGAGUUUGUUGUAUGGCCAGCACUGCUACUGCACGAAUCUGGUCCUCUUUUAGCCAAGGGUGUAGCCCAGGGCUGCACCAGUCACACUUAAGUAACCAAAAUGACCAAGCAAACACUGAAAGGAAAUUAUUUACACAGAUUACGGGACCAUUUCAAACGAGAGAUAAAAGCGACCAAGAUCAAACCAGACGUAUGACUCCUACAUUCAGUGCCACGACUGGUACUAAACCACCAGUUGUAGUCUCAGAAACAUUUAAACCACCACCUGAUGGUGAUGAAUAACUAUAAACUAAUAAAAAUAAAGUAAAUGCAUAACUUAUAACAUGUAGUCUAGUAAACUUAUGAAUUGCAUUUUGUACAAUUUAUAACGUAAUCAGAAUAUUAGAAUUCGUUUCAUUUACUUUAUCGUGUGUGUGAAAAGCACUGCUGAAUUGUGUAUCCAUUCUGUUUAAGAUUUUCAUAUAAUACACCUACAUAUUUUACAUGUACAUUGUUAUUAUAAAUAACUUGCUUGUGAUUGUACUUCAGCAGGAGCAAAAAAAUGAUACGAUACGGUCGAUUGAACAACCCAACAUAUGUUAGUUAAAUGAUCUUUUUCGAAGAUAUAUUUUGAUGAUGUAUUUGAAUUAAUAUAAUUGAUGUGAUCAUAAAAACCAAUAGUUUAGAUUUAAAGCUUAUUAAUUCUGUCACUUUAGUCUCAGUAAAUAUAGCUGGCAGUUUAGUUAGUUUAAAAUACCUUAUUUAUCAAAUUUACAAGCAUGUAACAUUUUUACAUCACAAUAUAUCAAUUUGAAAACAA